UACUUCCCUUCACUUCACUUCACUUCAUUUUCUCAGACCUUCGUCCUCGCAUUCAAUUCAAACAUGGUGGUUAAGGUGUACGGUCCUGCCUAUGCUUCUCCAAAGCGUGUUCUCGUCGUCCUCGUCGAGAAGGGGAUUGAAUUCGAAACUGUUCCUGUUGAUCUCGUCAAAGGAGAGCAUAAGCAUCCUGACUUUCUCAAACUACAGCCUUUUGGAACGGUUCCGCUUGUCCAAGAUGGAGAUCUUGUCUUAUUUGAAUCAAGAGCGAUCAUGAGGUACUACGCGGAGAAAUACAAGUCGCAGGGACCUGAUCUGCUCGGGCAGAGCGUAGAGGAAAGAGCAGUGGUGGAGAACUGGCUGGACGUGGAGGCAAGCUGGUUCAACCCGCCAAUUUUCAACAUGACACUUCACAUAAUGUUUGCUCCAGUUCUUGGUUUCCCUGCUGAUGAAAAACUGAUAAAGGAGAGUGAAGAGAAGCUGGGAAAGGUGUUGGAUAUUUACGAGGAGAGGCUGUCAAAGAGCAAAUACCUAGGUGGAGACUUCGUCAGUCUGGCGGAUCUCAGCCAUCUGCCCUUCACACAGUACCUGGUUGGCCCAAUGGGGAAGGAGUAUAUGAUACGUGAGAGGAAGCAUGUGAGUGCUUGGUGGGAUGAUAUUAGCAGUAGACCAUCUUGGAAGAAGGUGAUGGACCUCUAUAAACCACCCCUUUGAUCAAUUGCGUUAAUCCUCCCAAUAAAUGCUCUUUUCCUUUUUUUUGGUCGCAACAAUUUGAGAGUCAACUAUGUUUAAUGACCCUUUUCAUUUUCUUUCUGGAAGUCUUGGAUUGCGGUUUUCUGUGUCUGUGAUAUGUAUAAAUAAAUUAAGAUUCUGAGGGUAGUUUCUUCCUCUGAUUGAGUUGCAGUCUGCUUAAUUAAAUUACACUCAGCAAAAUCAAUGCCUCCAGGUGUUUUUGUCA